CGUUCUUGUCUGCCUUAGCAGAGCAGCGAGAUUCCUGGAUCGUGUUGGAAUAGUCUAACUGAAGGCAGCAACCACUCACCGUAACCAUCUGUUUGAGCCGUUUGCUCUACUGAACUGACCUGGUGGUUUACUGUCCGUGCCUGUCAAACCUUGAAUAAGCAUUACUUUUGUCUUCUUUUGACUUGUAUCCGGGUUUCCCAGUUAAUUUAGAAAGCAGAGCAGAUGGCAUCUGCCUCAGAUUCAAGAUAUGGACAGAAGGAUGCAUCAGAUCAGAAUUUUGACUAUAUGUUCAAACUUCUCAUAAUUGGAAACAGCAGUGUGGGCAAGACUUCUUUCCUUUUCAGAUAUGCAGAUGACACAUUCACAUCAGCCUUCGUUAGUACCGUUGGUAUUGACUUUAAAGUGAAGACUGUUUACAGAAAUGAUAAAAGGGUCAAGUUGCAGAUUUGGGAUACAGCUGGUCAAGAGCGAUAUAGAACCAUUACUACUGCUUACUACAGAGGAGCCAUGGGCUUCGUACUUAUGUACGACAUUGCCAAUGAAGAGUCCUUUAAUGCAGUGCAGGACUGGGCAACCCAAAUCAAAACGUACUCAUGGGAUAAUGCACAAGUCAUCCUUGUUGGAAAUAAAUGUGACAUGGCAGAUGAGCGUGUAAUUCCUGCUGAAAAAGGGAAACAUCUGGCUGAGCAGCUGGGAUUUGAGUUUUUUGAGGUCAGUGCCAAAGAAAACAUCAAUGUCAAGCAGGUCUUUGAAUGUCUAGUAGAUAUCAUAUGUGAGAAAAUGUCAGAAAGCCUGGAGUCUGAUCCAUCAAUGGGCAGCGGGAGAAAGCACACACGGCUGACAGACAACCCAGCUUCAAUGCAACAGAAUUGCGCCUGCUAGUGACCUCUCAACUUGGUGACCUCCAACCUCUCCCUGUUAUUUUUUUCUUUCUGUUUCUCUUUAUAUUGUAGUUGCAUGUGCUAUGAAGGCAAUCAAAUGCCAAUUCAUUCAAUAUUAUGCAGAUGGUAGAACUAAUAAAUUUUAUUUAUUCUUUAAUGUGUUUAAAUGUUAUGUACUUCUGCACAAAGCGAAUAUUCAACUGCAUUAUAAACCUUACUAUAUUACUAACUGAUGCUAAUAUUGAUGUUUUUGAGACUGGACCUUUUCAGUCCUUCUGAAUUGGAAAUCAAGAUUUUAUAGUUAACUGUUUAGGUGAUUGCUGUAACAUGGUUUAUCUUGGGAAGUUGUAAAGGAAGUAUUAUGAAGGGCUAAAUCUGGAAGUGCCAAUGAACUCAAAGAGAACCUGUCAAAAUUAAGUGAAUAAUCUCUCAAAGUUUGUUGGAGCAGUUGGAAUGUUGGGAGAAAAAUGUCUCUGGCUAAUUUAAUUUCCACUAUAAGAUAAGCAUAAAAGGAAGAAAUAUUACAGUAAAUUAAAAUUAUUCUGAAAAAGUAAGUCUAUUAUCAGACUUCACAACUAUAAUUUCCCUUAUUGUAAAUUCUAUUAAGUUAAUAUUCCACAUUUGCAAUUUAUUAAACUUCUCUUUACUGUCCUCUUACCAUUGAAACCAGGAGAGGUUCUCAAUCUGUGAUGCACGAGGGAUCUCCUCUCUGAAGAAAUCAUCUGUGAAUAUGCCUCUAAUAUUGCAGAAACUUGGAUCCAUCUUCCUGUUUUGGAUAUCAUUAAGGGUGCAGGAAGGGCUCCUGUAGCCCAACAAUGAUGGGGAGCACUAUUAAAAGACAGAAAAAUGCAGUUAUUAAAGCAACUACACUAGCUAAAACAACAGGAAUUCUGCAGAUGCUGGAAAUUCAAGCAACACACAUAAAAGU